AUCACCUUCUCUUUCCUUUAUUUCUCCCUCUGAUGUUUAACUUGUAGCGUAACCUUCUAUGCUAAAACCCUUUCUUUCAUCUUUUCGUCUUCCUUGACAUAAAAGAAAACGAAAAGAGAGAAAGAAAGGAAUAAAACAGAUAAAAGUAAAUCUCUUCUAUAUUUUACUUGUUGAAAUCAAAUAUAAAAGGGCGAUCCCACCUCAAUCAGUUCACAUUUCGGCAAUUUCGACAGAAUUUUUAUAGACAGUGAAGAAUUCCAUUUAAAGGUUUGUUUUGAUGCAAUCGUGGAGAGAUGAAAUUUUUGUUGGAGUUUGUAACAUGUUGUUCCUCGCCAAGGCUCCAUCCGGACGAUGAGAAGUCCUUUGUGCUACCGGCACCACCGGCACCAUCUCCAGCAUCAUCUCAUGUUGCUGCUAAUAAUUCAUACGCUUCACGCACACGUCGUCGCACAAAGCGGCCAAAGAAGAAGGUUAGCAGUCAAGAUUGGAGGCCAUCAUUAGGAGCGAUUGCGGAGGACAAUAUGACCACGGGAACGACGCCACCACCAACGAGAGGGGGUCGACGGAGCACAUCUACAACUGUUUCAGGAAGAGAUGUUAAGAGAAAGAGCAAUGGCGGUGGCGGUGGCCGUUGUGAUGGCGGUGUCGUCCCUCCCUCUAGUAGCGUGAAGGUUCGCCCACGUAGUCACAACGACCAUCAUUAUAGGUCACCUACCAUCCCUACUAUUAUCCCCCCAUUCUCUGCAUCGCCAUUCAUGUUCUGAUUUUUUCGAACAUCAUAGUUCGUUGGAUUCAUGAAAAGCAAAUGCAUGUAGAUAUGUACACGAGCUAUUUGCUUAGGGAAAAAAAAAACAUAAUGUAACAUUUUUUGGUGACUUUUGUGUCUUGUGAAUAGAUGAAUUCUUCCUCAUAUUGUCAUUAUGACAAUAAAAUUUUGCUCUACGUAAUCUACAAUUCAAA